UAUGUCCUCGGCUCAGCUAAUAGGACUCGUGAAUUCCGAGUCACUGGUCCGAUCAAUCAACCUGGGGUAUAUAGCAGAUUUACCCCACAUCUUACAGGCGAGCCCGCGCACGGUACUGCUCAUAUAUGGAGCCGUCAACGUCACUGCACAGACAGUCUCGCCAAGGUUAAAAUCUACCUCCUGCCCUCCCUCUUCCACAUGUAAUCCCUACCUAUUCCACGUGUCAUCCCUCGGAUUCCUUCCCCUUCUUGCACUCAUCGUGCCAGUGGAUCUGGAUGAGGUCACUCGAAAAGCAACAAUCCACCUUCUCUUUAGUAGUAUCCGUGCUCAAGCUGAACUACUACAAAUUUCUGUACGAUGGCGUUUGUUCCCAUCUUGCCAGUCGCCUCAGAUCACGGCGUGCUUUCCAUCCGAGUCGAAAGUAUCUCCACAAGGCACACCUCCUUGGAUGAGCCAGUCUCACAACAGCAAUCUACCAUCGGCCUGAGACGUAGGAAAGGUACAGGUGGCGUCCGUCAUCGGGAACCCAACCUCCUCCUUCGAGCUGCGACGUCGAUGCUGACUCCGGAGAAACCUAUCGCCAAACCAUCUAGAGACUGGAGGAGUAUUCGCGCCAUCAUCUUAUCGUCAUGGUUUAACGUCUUGCUGGUGUUUAUUCCCAUAUCUUGGUCAAUCAAUUUCGCUCUCCCUGAUCAACACACUCUAAUCUUCGUCCUUACGUUUCUUGCCAUCAUACCAUUGGCUAAGCUCCUGGCGUAUGCUACGGACGAGUUCUCCAUAUGGAUCGGCCAGACUUUGGCAGGUAUUCUCAACGCCACAUUAGAAACAUUCUUCCGUAGCGUCGAACUCAUCGUCUCUGUGCGUUCUGAUCACAGCACGCUUUCCACCGAAAGUUUCUCUGCCGUGAAUGAGCCCAUCCUGUCACAGCUACCGGUCGCCUCAGAUCACAGCUCACUUUCCACUGAAAGUUUCUCUGCAGUGAAUGAGCCCAUCCCGUCACAGCUACCGGUCGCCUCAGAUCACAGCGCGCUUUCCACUGAAAGUAUCUCCGCCGUGGAUGUGCUCAUCCCGUCACAGCUAUGUACCACUACCCUGAGACGUAGAAAAAGUACAAGUGACAUCUGUCAUCGGGAACCGAACUUCCUCCGCCGAGCUGCGACGUUGAUGCUGACACCGGAGAAACCAAUCGCCAAACCCCCUAGUACCUGGAAAAGCAUUCGCGCCAUGAUCUUAUCAUCAUGGUUUAACGUCUUACUGGUGUUUAUUCCUAUAUCUUGGGCAAUUCAUUUCGCUCUUCCUGAUCAGCACACUCUAAUCUUCGUCUUAUCAUUUCUUGCCAUCAUACCAUUGGAUAAGCUCCGGGCGUAUGCUACGGACGACCUCUCCAUACGGGUCGGCCAAACUUUGGCAGGUCUUCUCAAUGCUACAUUAGAAAAUGUCGUCGAACUCAUCGUCUCUAUUAUAGCCCUCACAAAAUGCGAACUCGGGAUCGUUCAGUCCUCCUUUCUGGUGCUCGGCAUGUGCUUCUUUGCCGGUGGCAUGCGCUUUUCGGAACAGGGUUUCGGACUAAAUGCGAUGCAAGUGAAUUCAUCACUGCUUACCAUUAGCGCCAUUGCUAUUUUACUGCCUGGUGCUUUCCACAUGGCAUUACAGGGCCAUCCUUUGUAUAGCGAGCUGUCGACAAAUUACAACAUACUGAGGAUCAGCCAUGGUGUUGCCAUCAUUCUCCUUUCUAUUUACGGCUCGUAUUUGGUUUUUCAACUGUUUUCACACAGAGCCCUCUAUAAUGCGGACAUACAAAAGACAAAAGGCUACGAGGGACACAAUCCAUGGCUACAGUUGAGACUCUACCGUCGUAAGACCGCUAAACCCAUACUAUCCCCUGAACCGAUGGGUGACGAAGAAGCUGCAACCGAUCCCACUGGGUUUGCAUCCACGGAGGACACAGACUCUGAGGUAGAAACAUAUAUGAGCGUCCCUGUGGCCCUCGGGCUUCUGGUCGUUGUAACUACAUUAAUAGCUGUUACCGCCGAGUUCCUCGUAGACUCGAUCGACGAUCUGACUGAAUCUCGGACCAUCGGCAAAGAGUUUAUCGCCGUGAUCUUGCUUCCAAUAGUUGGCAAUGCAGCGGAACAUGUUACUUCAGUUACAGUGUCCUUCAAGGGUAACAUAACCCUAAGCUUGGGUGUUGCUGUUGGAUCAAGUAUUCAAAUUGCACUCUUCGUUAUCCCGUUCAUCGUGACACUCGCUUGGAUUAUGGGUAAACCACUGACGUUCCUCUUCGACCCGUUGGAGUCGAUCGUGCUAUUCGUCUCUGUUCUCACCGUAAACUAUGUCGUACAGGAUGGCAAGUCAAAUUGGUUAGAGGGCAUGAUUCUCGUGGGCUUAUACUUGAUAUUGGCUGUCACGUUUGGUUUUAUCCUGGCACUGCAGGCAUCUUCCCGAGCUGUUAGAAAAGACGACCGACUAGCAGUCCUCUCGGCUAUGGAUCAUGACCACGCAUGCACACUCGCUAUUCGGAAGCUAACCGUUGACUAAUAUUAAUGAUCAACAUCCCCAUACCACUCCUUCCUUGGGCCUGCUACGAUACAUACAUAUAACGACAGUAUAAAACCGCAAACAUUAUAAUUUAUGCCUCCCCAUACCCUCCCACACCUCACAAUUUUGGUGUGGACAUCAUUUAUUUUGAUGUCCAAUUUGUGUCCGUCUCAUAUCCACUUGCUGGAUGGGUGUCGCGACACUUUUGACUGUGACACUUUCAUGAUAUUUUUGGUGGAUCAUAUAGGUCUCAUACGGGAUCAUGUGUUAUUAUUAGCACUGUUGCUUUAUGCAUAUGACGAAUUCUAGUGUCCCUGUCCGAAUC